AUGACUACAAGCAUAGAAAGACCUCUAAGACUGCUGUGCCUUCAUGGUUAUAGACAAACUGGAAGCAGCUUCGAGAAAGACAGGAGCUCUGAGGAAUCUCUGAAAGCAGUCGAGUCCUGCUUUAAGGAUUCUGGUCCCUUUGAUGGGAUAUUGGGCUUUAGUCAAGGUGCAGCCAUGCUAGGACUGUUGUGUGGACUACAGCAGCAGGGCAAACUGCCAUUCUCAUUCAAGUUUGCAAUAUUUGCAUCAGCCUUUAGAUCCGGAUCAUCACCACACCAACAUUUAUACUCCAAGAGAAUCACAUUACCCUCUCUUCACAUCUUUGGUGAAACUGAUCAGGUGAUCAGUAUGAGUGAAGACCUCCUUCAGUUAUUUGAUGAACCAUACACUCUUGUACAUCCUGGUGGUCACUUUAUUCCAGCAACGGCAGCACAGAAGACUACUUAUGUUCAGUUUCUGGAAAAUAUGAGACAGUUAUGUGAUGUUUGAAGUGAUAAUAUAAUCUUAAGAAUCACUGCUCAAGUGAUACCAAAGACUUCAUCUCUGCUUUAUAUUUGGGGCACUGACAUUCUGAUAAGUUUUCAAAUUUGGAGAUUUUAAUUAUUAUUUAUCAAAGACUUAACGUUUUAAAGAUGUCCAUAUUUUUUUGCAAUGAAUAAACUUUCAAAGCAAAUGUUUUGUUUAUUGAAAUGUAAUUUAUAGCCUGUCAUCAGUCCAAGGAGAAUUGGGUAUUGUGAUGUGUUGUGUUCUCUUGUAGUGCUGCAAGUCAAAAGUCUUUAGCCUCCAUCUGGACAAACCUGUUUAGAUUCUGGCACUUCCACAAUUAAAAUCUAUACUUUUCAUAUCCUUGAUCAUCCAUACAUGUUAAUGCUGCAGAGGGUACAGUCUCGUUCAAGAUUCUUCGAACACUGCUGGAGACAGCUGGCAACUUGAGGCCGUAUGUUUACUAUGAUCGUAGUAUAAUAUGAUAUAAAAAAAUGAAGCCCAACCGUUAAGUUAAGCAAUGAGGAACUAAGUAACCAAUCACCGAUCACUUUUACAUUUAUUCAUAAUUUUUACUACGUACUAUAGUAAACAAAUGGCCUUGAGUUGCCGGCUGUCUCCGGCAGUGUUCGAAGGAUCUUGAACAAGACUGUACAUCACAUGAUAACUACUCCUGCACUGCAAAUUAUUACCACUAAGAACAAAGUCAGUGAAUUACUAUCAAACCCAUUUGUGCACAUUUAUUAGAGCAAGUAUAUAGAAUAUGGCACAAAUUAGAAGACAACAAAGACAAACCCACUGAUUUCAGUCUUGCAUGAUGUAUCGCUCGACUUUUUGAGAACUCUUGAUGGCUGGUUUCUGGAUCUCAAUAGUGUAUUGUGAAAGAAAUAGGAGUAAAGUUGAUAGACCUUGAUGAUGACAUGGCCAAGAAGACUAAUAGGCAGCUGGACAUUGGCUUCACAACCAAAAAUUUACUCCAGAAAUUAA